AUGACGAGACCUGGAUCACCUUUUCUUGCUAUCCCGGAGCCUGGUCACAGAGGUACAUGCAGACCCGCCUUUGAGAGGAUCUCCGAGGUUUACCGCUCGAUUGGCUCCAAGAGAUUUGACCCAUGCCGCGCAUCAAGCUGCCUCGCAAAUCCAUCGGAUAUAUGUACUUGGGCUUCGCUCCCCAGAUCUCCAACCUUCCAGUCGAUCCUCGUCUCACACAAAACCUCGUCAGCCACUACACCCAGACACCUCACGACAUCGUCUCUCCUUUCACAUACAUAUAUCCCCGUGUCCCUUUGCUUUGAUUUAACCUCUUCACCCCGUGGUUUCACUUCAAUCGUUAUAGCUCUUCAGAGUCCCCUCCACUCAACGAUCACGAACGCUUCUACACUUGCACAGGAACUGCUACUUGCGUCCUCCCACCGGGAAAGCAUCCUUUCACCAGCACCAACACCAAUCAGUCUUGCUUUCGAAGCAAGGCUGACUCGAACCGCCAAACUGGCUCUCACAGCUCAUCCCGCCGGCCCCCCCAACUGGGGGCGCUGGCCUCAGCAGCUCCAUGGUGACUAUGCUAUGAUGGAAUCCCCAUCGAUGCUGCCAUUUGACUCUCGAACGAACCCUUCUGGGCCUCUACAGCGACCUAUCAUGGCUCCCCCGUACAUGGUUGCCAACCCAUACAGCUCUGCCCCCAUGAACAGCCUCACAACGCCUCACUACCAGGCCCAAAGCCCAUACCAGUUUGGAGGCUACCAUGGCCCGCCUACUCCUCCUCACCAGUCUCCGCCAUUCAAGCCGGAAUACCACGAGCGUCGAGGUAUGGGACCUGACAGCGACAACGGCCGAACUCUCUCCUACGCUCGGGAGACGAAGCACUACCCAUACGGCGAACAGGCACCUUCCCCGGCUCGGAGCGAUUCACAGGUCUCCAUCGCACGAUCUACUGGCUCGGCCCAGUCCGUUUUCCCCAAGACUAUCACCUCCAACGAGACCAUCAACCCUGAAGACCAUGUCAGCUUUGAGACUGAAGUCGACGAGUUGAUGAAGGCCAUCCAGAUGAGGGCGGACAAGCAGGGCGAGACCCCUCGACAACCUCUCACUCCCGGAAUGUCACCUGCCUCUGAGGCACCAAUCGACCAGGCCACUCCCACCCCAAGCGACACCAAGGUAUCCAAGAGGCGAUACGUUUGCGACGGUCCCAACUGCAAGAAGAGUUUCACACAAAAGACCCACCUGGACAUCCACCGCCGAACCCACACUGGAGACAAGCCCUACUCGUGUGACUUCCCAGGAUGCAUGCUCACCUUCUCCCAGCUUGGAAACCUGAAGACUCACAGGCGUCGUCACACUGGUGAGCGACCAUACUCUUGCGAUAAGUGUGGUCGACGAUUUGCCCAACGGGGCAAUGUUCGAGCCCAUGAGCAAACCCACCAAGGCCUCAAGCCAUUCAUCUGCAGGCUGGAUGAAUGCAACAAGACCUUUUCGCAGCUAGGCAACAUGAAGACACACCAGAACAACUUCCACAAGAAGACUCUCAAGAUUCUCACGACCAGGUUUGCCGAGGUCCUCGCCUCAGGCGAGGAUGUUCCCGAGGCAGACCUUGAGUUGUUCGAAUACUUUGCCACCCACUACAAGAACAGCAACAAGGGAAUUAAGGGACGUGGGAAGGCUCGCACUGUCGCUGACCGCAAGAGCAAGGCCGCUCCCCAAUCCCCACCCGCCACUGCCGCCACUGCCGUCACCGCUCAAUAUCCUCUCCCUCAGAUCCCUCCACUGCAGCAGGUUCAUCACCAGCAGCACCAUGGCUUGACUCACCCAGGAAGCCUUGCAGCCUACAGCAUGAGCCGUGGCCACCCCAACAUGAUGAAUAACAUGCACCGGGAGCCAAAUGCCGGUGGCUACGAGAUGUUUGAGAUGGACGGAGACCAUCACUCCGUCCAGACACCUAACGCUGGCGGCAUGCUUUACGAGGACGAUCACACCCGAGAGAUGACCUUCGCCGAGCGCAUGUACUGA